CUUCAAGCUCUCGACAUCCAAGAACGAUGUCACGGAGGCCCUCAAAUGGAUUUUUUUAGCUUCUGUACCUUAAAGAUGAUGCCCUUAAGAGCACUGGCAGGGUUCAAAGGCUGAGGCCUCUUUUUGUUUUUGUGUUUGCCUCCAUUUCACCUGGUGCCCUUUUUUUUUUUUUUUCUUCUUCUCUUCCAUUCCUACAAGCAUGAAGUCUAAGCUCACUCACCAUGUCCUCGCAGGGGAGGGUCGCCCUCCAUGGUAUAGAAGCGAUGGUCAGAACUGUGAUUGUUACGUCGUCGGUAUUGCAGGCGGCAGUGCUAGUGGAAAGACUAGUGUCGCGCAAAGGAUCAUCAAGAACUUGAACGUACCCUGGGUUGUACUUUUGUCCAUGGACUCGUUUUACAGGGACUUGAACGACGAAGAACUCGAGAUUGCGCACAGAAAUGACUGGGAUUUCGAUUCACCCAACUCUUACGACUACGACCUGUUGCUGGAGACGAUCACAAAACUCAAGGAAGGGAAGAAGGUCGAUGUGCCCAUUUACGAUUUCGAAACACACAAGAGGGUGCCAAACAAGCACAACACAGUCUACGGCGCCAAUGUGGUCAUCUUUGAGGGAAUCUUUGGAUUGUACGACAAGAAGGUGCUGGAGAUGCUGGAUCUCAAAGUCUUUGUGGACACAGAUGUGGAUAUUUGCCUUGCGCGACGAAUCAAGCGCGAUGUUGCAGAGCGCGGAUUCGAUGUCUCCGGAGUGCUUAAGCUGUACCAGAGAUUCGUCAAGCCAUCAUACGACAACUAUGUAUACCCCACCAAGAAGAGCGCAGACGUGGUCAUUCCUCGUGGACUAGAGAACUUGGUGGCAAUCGAUCUGUUGACAAAACACAUCCAGCGUCAGCUUCAGGAACGCAAGAUGCAAUCGCGCUGGGACAUGGCCAGGAUAAACCCACCAGAGGAACUCCCAUCGAACGUGAUUGUGCUUGAAAAGACAAAGCAGAUUAUGGGCCUGCACACUAUUAUUCGCGAUAUCAGCACAUCUCGCCAUGACUUCAUAUUUUAUGCAGAUCGCCUUGCCACCUUGGUCAUCGAAAGAGCCCUGAAUGAAUUGCCAUAUGAAGAUCACCUGGUGACAACCCCAACUGGCAAAACCGUGCACGGACUCGAUCUCAGACCCCACAUUGGCGGUGUCUCUAUCCUGCGUGCCGGAGGCACUAUGGAGAUUGGUCUCCGUCGCGUCAUCCGCGACGCGAUCAUCGGCAAGAUCCUGAUCCAGACCGACCCCUCGAAUGGUGAACCCCAAUUGCACUACUGCAAACUCCCCCCUUCCUUACAGAACAAACAGGACGAUACGUUCAUCUUCUUGAUGGAUGCAGUGGUCGGCACAGGCGCUGCCGGACUGAUGGCGAUAAGGGUACUGUUGGAUCAUGAUGUCCCCGAGGACAGGAUCAUUUUUUUGAGUUUCCUGGCUGCACCUCAAGGGCUGUACACUAUCUCGAACGCGUUCCCCAAAGUCAAGAUCGUCACUUCCUAUGUAGACCCGGUUCUCAAUGCCAACACCCUCUUCCUCGAACCAGGACUUGGUAACUUUGGAGACCGGUAUUUUGGAACAGAGACAGAUUAGAACAGGAUGGUGAGCAUGUGUAGUUUGUUGAGAAACAGUAAUAACGAAUCUUUCCGUUUAGUCUUUGUUUUAUUGUUGUUUGAAACGAUGAAUGCAUGCUAUAAAGAUGUUUGAAGUAUCUUUUACCAGCAAAAGUAUAAGAUACAGAAGAGAGUGAGUGGAGUUUUAGAAAGAGAGAGGAUAGAGACCGGAUUAUAUAUCUGGUUUUGUUCACUCGGCCUUCUUGGGGUGCUUGAUGGUGAAGCACCAGAUGUCAAAGUAGUCGCACAGAUCGUUCACGACGUUGAUGGCAAAGUGUGCAUAAGCGGCCGCCGAGAACGCAAGGCAACUCCAUAGGUAAAUAUCCUCAAUGUGCGAUCCAAAAAGUCGGUCACUAGUUAUUCAAAAAAAAAAAAAAAAAAAA